UGGUGGCUUGCUUCUCAUGAUCUCACCCUGCCAGCAUCUGACACGGUUGAGAUUCAGCAGUGGGGGAGGCACACCCGAGAUAAGGGACAGGCGUAACAGUGGGUGGUUCUGGCUUCUUCCUGGCUGGAAAUCUCGUGCUGCAGUGGGAAUCUUGUACUGGGAGGUGGCUAUGGGAGCAAGUGGGAGCUGCGUGGAUGGUGGGUAAAGGAGGCAAUCAGGAACUGCCUGGUUGAAGUGUGAAGGGGCCUGUUCCCUUCUGUGUGUGUCUUUCAAGAUAACAUAACCCCAUGUAGCUGCUUGCUUUGCUGAUGUGGACAUUAGCCUAUCUGCAGCAGUAGGUGCAUGGGGGGUGAUUGCCCUACUACCAGUCCGGGGCGGGGUGCUGCUGUGGCUGUGCUGGGGAAGUGCUGUGGAUGGGGUUGCUUCAGGGAGCCAAGGCUUAUGUGCUGUUUGGGCUGGGAGGUGAGCUGAUACAGUGUGAAAUGUUUCCACAGCUCAGGUGAAUGCGUGUUGCUGUGUCCUGGGGCAGCCCAGGCAGCGCUGUGGCCCCAUUUGGAUGUUGUCUGUUCCAGAGUGGCUCAUUUCCACAGUUCUCUUGGAGGAUUUAAUCCACCUCCGGGGCUGUGCUGUGGCCUGUUGCAGGCAGUGGCUGGGUUCCUGCAUGUUCAGUGGGGCAGGGCUGCUGGCCUUCAUGCUGUGACUCAUCAUCGAGGUUCAUCCUGCUCCUCCGCCUGCGCUCCCAGUGUCUCUCCUGCCACCUCAUCGUGCACCAGGACCCUCGCUGCCGCCACCAUCCUCAUCAUAGGUGAAGCCGCUCUGGAAGCCUGAGCUCCCCCUGUGCCCUGCCCGCUACCCUGCAUGGACACUGGGGUGCAGGAUGGGGCUGAGGCAUCGCUGGAGGCGUGCCUGAUGGCUGAGGAGUCGGAGGAGAAGCAGCGCCCGGUGGCGCAGUGGACUGUGGCGGAGGCUGGUGCCUGGCUGGCUGCACACAGCGGGGCCAGGGAGCUGGUGGAGCUGGCACAUGAGCACGACGUCUCGGGCCGGGUCCUGCUGCGGCUGACGGAGGGGACCCUGCGGCGCAUGGGGGUGACCCCGCGGAGCCGGCGCCGGGAGCUGCUGCGGGAGCUGCUGCAACUGCGGCUGGAGCAGGAGGUCGAGGAGCUGCUGAGCAUUGUUGGCCAGUGAAGACAAUGUCGCUGCGGAUGUCCUGGAGACUGCAGGAGGAGAGGUGAUGCCAUGGGAGGACAAAGCAGCAGCUGGGACUGAGCACUUGAUGCAGGAGCGGUGCUGGAGGGAACCUUGAGGUGACUGUGUUCCCCCUGGAGAAGACCAAAUCUGGCUGGAAGAGGUGGCCACCGGGCCCAGGGUGGCAUGAGUUGAAGGGUGGCUGCCAGCUCCCAUGGGGUCCUAUCGGCUCUGGCAUGCUGGGGGCACCCUACCAGCCCCCUCGGAUCCUGCUGCAACCAUGAGGCAGUCCGGCCCCAGGAGUGACCCUCCAGUCUGUCUGUCUGUCUGUG